AUGUGUUAUGGGAAGAACCGACCACCCUCAUCCAAAUACUCAUACCGCCGGGCAGACAUUCAACCCAAAGAUUUUUGUGGCAAAAACAGUCCUCCAAAAAUCCGAACAUCAACCGUAAAGAGUUCACUGAAGAUCACAGCUGCACGAUGCCUUUACUUUGUAAUUUUUUACUCCGUCCUUUUUGGCUUCAGUUUGGGCUACUUGAACCUGUUCAUGCACUUUCAAAUCAGUCGAGAUUACCCCAAACUGACAGGGCGAGCCAGCUCUCUCGGGUUUAAUCCGGGUCUUAGCGCUCUUCCUGUACUUGACAUCUUUACCAGUCUCAUCGGUUAUGUUGAUAGACAGCCUCAGUCUGUGAAUGCAGUCACCUCACAACUGUUGGCCUAUCUGCAAUUCUACCAACUUUCCAGAAUGGGAGAUGAACUCAAUGACUGCUCAAAUUAUUCUUCAGACGCGCUGGACAUUCGUCGACCCGGUUUCUUUAACCUAGACAGAGUCGGUCCAUGCAACCUGCUGAAUGAUUACGGCUUCGAAGACAACAGCCCAUGCAUACUGCUAAAAGUCAAUAAGAUCUACGGUUGGGUGCCGGAUCCUGUGCCAUUUGCGCACGGUGUGUUGGUCACUUGUGAAGGCGCUACCGUGGACGAUACACAAAACCUCGGCGAAAUUAAUUACUUCGAUUAUGACACCUACGGAAGUACACAUUUUGAGGGCGAUAAGGCAGAGGGUAAACGUCUGAACGGUACGUUUCCAUCAACGUUCUUCCCAUACUUGAAUCAACCGCAGUAUCAACAACCACUUGUCUUUGUCAUGUUUCGUCAUAUGAAACCCAACACACUAGUUCGAGUACAGUGCUACCUCAUAGCGAAAAACAUUCGCGUGGAUAGGGCUCGUGGAGAAGGAUCAGUGAAAUUUGAAAUAUUAUCGCAUUAA